AAAAUGAGACAAAAAACAGUCGACAGAAAAUAACAAAAAGAAGCAAAUCAUCCAAACCCAAUAAUCCAAUCCUGCAAUUUUCUUCACCACAUAAUUGAAUUCCUGUAUCUACUUCAUCUGAAUUCUUGUCCAUUUGUCCCUCCAAUUCAUCUUCUACACCAUUUCAGAUCCGUUUUCAAUCGUCUUUCACUUGAUUCGUGAUUUCUUAAAGAGAUUGCAAAAAUUCCGGUGAAUUCUCAUCGGCAUUUUCGAUUUUUUUGAGGCGUUUUUGGGAUGGAAGGCGGGGUUGUUGGUGUUGGUGGUGGUAGGAGCCGGCGUUACGAGUUCGGUGGAGAAACGAACGCGCAACCAGGUGGUUUAACACUAGGUGGAAUACUUUCGAUCAAACAGACGCCGCCGUACCGAAUCCAAGAUCGGACUCUACUGGAUCUUAUCCGUGAUGAUCAAACUUGUGGAAAGGAAUCGAAGAAGACAUGGAAGAUGUUUAGGGAGAAACUUCGGCUAAAACUCUCCGGUUUCGUCUGUACAACUACUCUUCCGACUCUCGCCUCACAUGUCGUCAUUACCACCACCGACAGCAACCGUGUGACGACACGACAUGGUUCAACACAGCAGAACUCGACCGAUGAGUCAAGGCGGUUGAACUCACCACCGGUGCAUAACACUAGUAGCGAUAGAAUCAUCGAAACGCAAACAUUCAGUGUACAAAACGAACCUCCAGUGGAGGAAAUCGAGCAAACAACGACGGAGGAAGAACGAGGCGGCGGCCGAGAGGGAGAACCAGCGGCCGCAAGGAUGUCGUUGAUGUCGUUACUGGAAGUCGAUGGAUCUGCUUAUUUGGACGAUGAUGAAGAAGAAGUGGAGGAGGAGGAGGAGGCCGCGGUGGUGGAAGAAGGCCGCGGUGGUGGCGGAGGAGGGUACAAGUACAAUAACUGCUGCGUGUGCAUGGUAAGACAUAAGGGCGCAGCAUUUAUCCCCUGUGGACACACUUUCUGCAGACUAUGCUCAAGAGAGCUUUUCGUUCAAAGGGCUAGUUGUCCAUUGUGUAAUCAUUUCAUCUCGGAAAUUCUUGAUAUUUUUUAGUUUUUUUUUAUAAGUAA